GAAAAGGGACUUUUUGUAUAUUAUUAUAAACCGGGAUCAAUGGUUGAAAGGGACUUGAUAAAAACACCCUUAUAAUAUCAUUUUAUGCAUCUUUUUUCUCACAUCAGAGCAUGUGGAGAGUGUUAUUAUAAGGAGACUUUACAAAUAUCCAUAUAAAAUCGUAUAUAUGAAAUUUACCAAACUUCGCUGAGCACAAGAAAACAAUGAGAAACUGAUACAUAAACUAGAAUCGUCAUAGUUUCAUAUCAUCGUAUAGAUUUUUUUUGAUAUAUACAAUUUUCUGCCUAUAUUAACAUAGCAUAUCUCAUUUCUGACAUUAUGAUUUUUUUUCUGUCAUCAUUUCCCGUCUGACUUCUUUAUUUUUUUCCCACACCAGAUUCUAUGUUGAUAACUGUGGUGACUAUGAGAAUGUGUACUUGUACUCUAAACCUUGGUUGGUAAAAAGGAGCACACAAUAUGAAAACAUAAUGUGCCAUAAGUGACAUUAUGCUUGUUAAUGUGCCAUAAGUAUCUGAAUGUUUAUGUGUGCCCUGAGUUCUUUUAAAGCUUCUGUUUCAGUAGUUACUUUUCAAUCUUGCUUAAAAGAAAGAUAGGGCUGAAUAAGCUGAAAGUUCCUAUUUGGAUGUUGUAUUGUAGGUGUUAACUAUAUUUUAAGGUUUAACCAGUUUUACUUAUGGUAUUAUUAUGUUUUAGGUUUACAGAUACACAGACCCAUCAUAUUGCUGCACUUAAGGAGAAACAACUUGAAACUUUGAGAGCAGCUCUUAAGAUAGAAGACAGGAAGAAAUCAUCUGAACAUGAACAACAAGAAGAAAAUCAGCAGGACAAAGAAAGUGACUUAGAGCCUGGAGAACUUGUUGAUGAGAAAUAUCAAGAGCAUAAAACGAAUCCAAAGGACUCUGACAGGCAACAGGAAAAAUAUGAUGACAGCCAUGUGGAUAGUAAGAGGAAAAAACAGGUGGUGGAAAGAUUCGGAAGUGAGAAAGGUCUGAAGGACAUAAACGAGAAGGAAAAGAAGAACAAUGAAGGCAGGAGGUCUCCAAAUGAUGAGCUGAAGCACCAUGACAAAGAUAUCAGAAAGGGAAAAUACAAGGAUGGUUCCAAUAGUGAUAGCAGUAGAAGUAUUGAAUUGGAAAAGAGGAAACAUGGAAAAAGUGUGCGCAGACAUGAUUCUGAAGAUGAUUCUGAUGUCCGGAGCAAGAAGCGGCUUGGAAAAAGUGCACGCAGACAUGAUUCUGAUGUCCCAAGCAGUCAGAAGGACAAAAAAAGGGGUUUCAAAAUGCAAGAAAAGAAGAAUGAAAAUCAGCAAACUGAUGAUUCCGAUUCUGUUAGUGACUCAUCAUCAGAUUCUGACAGUGAAUCUGAGGAGGAAAAUGCCAGAAGAGAACCAGAGAAAUAUGUCAAGAAACAUAGGAGGCAUGAUACUGAUGCAGAUUCAGACAGAAAUGCUCAGGACAAGAAAAAACUUGUGGGGAGGCAAUGGACAAAAAAUAAGAGACAUGACUCUGAUUCAGAUUCAGACAGAAAUGCUCAGGACAAGAAAAAACAUGUGGGGAGGCAAUGGACAAAAAAUAAGAGACACGACUCUGAUGAUUCGGAACCAGAAACUGAUGAUGAUGAGAAAAGCAGAAAGCAAGCAGACAAACAUCGCAGACCCAUUGGAAGGUACAAGAGCAGCGACUCUGAAUCUGACGAUCGAAAGAAAAAUGCCAUCAAUUAUAGGAAACAUGGAAAAAGCAGAAGAAGGCAUGAUUCUGAAGAUUCAGAAUAUGAUACUGAUGAUGAAAAGAAAAGGAGAACAAAGGGGAUGGGGAAACAUGGUGAAUCCAGCAAAAGACGCAAGACCAAUGACUCAGAUACUGACAGUGAAAAGAAAAUUGCCAUCAAUCUCAAGAAACAUGAGAAAAACAGAAGGAGACAUGAUUCUGAGGAUCCAGAUUAUGAUACUGAAGAUGAAAAGAACCUAAAAAAAGGGAUGGAGAAUAGCAAACUAAGCAGAUGGCAUAUGAAUUAUGAUUUUGACUCUGACAGUGAAAAGAAAAAUAAGAGCAGAAAACAUAGUGCUUCUCAUGAAUCUCAUCAUGUUAGAUCAAGGAAGGUUGCUGAAGGGAAAACACGUGGUAACAGGAGAAUGGGGAGAAGGCAUGAUACUGAUGAUGAGAGCUCCUAUACUGAUAGUGGCAAGGAAACUGCUGGCAAUCAAGUUGUGAAAUACAGUAAAUCUAAACAGAAGCAAGAUUCAGUGACUGAUGACAGUGGAAGCCAGAGCUCUUACUAUAGCAGUGACACAAAUUCUGAUAAUAGCAAUAGGCCCGUGAAGCAGGAUAGGAGAAAAACAGGCAGGCGGGAUAAUAACAGAAAUGCUGGAAGUGAGCGUCAAAAUGGUAAUGACAGUAUUAAGAGAGAAUACUCAGAUAUUCCAAAGAAGGCUGAAAGAACUAACCAGUUUGAAUCAAGGCAAGAUAGGAAGGACAUUGAUGACCAUGGAAGCCAGGAAGCAAAGAAAAGGAGAGAGGCUGUACAUGGUCGCCCAUCUGCUGGUGUACGGGAAUCGAAAUCUACUAGUGUUGGUUUAGUAGAAGGGGAGAGAAGGAGAGAGAGUGAGAGCAGAGGUCAUAAGAACUACCAUGGAAGCCGAGAAGAACGGAAGAGGGAGGACAACUCCAUAUUGCAAAAAGUUGGUGAUAUAUUGCAAAAUAUAUCAUAAUGAGAGAAUGAAAAGAAAAGGAAUAAUGUUCUUAUGGUGCCAGCAUAAAAAGUUGGUAAAAACUAUUGCUGCCAAGAGACCUAGCAUUAAACCUUCACCAAGAUUUGGGGAGUUAACAAAUAUCUGAGAGAGCACUACCUCAUGUCAGGUAUCCUACAGACCUUGUCUAAUAAAGACAUAAAAAUGGAAAAGGAUUAAUGUUUUGUGUUUACACUUGUUGAGCCAUGGAUACCCUAGAGAAAGACAGCAAUAGGGGCAAGACAAGGUCUUAUAUCAAAACU